AUGGGAGAUGUUUUACACGAUCUCGGCUUCCUGGAGAGAGCUGGCGUUGGGUUUGGCAAGGAAGAAGCAGUGAGACUCUACCUCAGUUUAAAGACGUUGUUGCACAAGAACCCCGAUGCAGUUGAGGGCGAGAAGAUAUCGUCCGUGCGGCUGUGGGGCAAGAUCAUGGGUGUUGAGAAGGAUUAUAUCAUAGCGGAAUGCUUGAUGAGCGGGCGACAGCCAAACCCUCCUCUUCCUGAGGGAGAACAGGAUCCUUCUAUCGUCCCGCCCGACUCGAUCGGAUCCGAAGCUCCUGUAGAUUUCAUGAUGAGCAGCAACGCUUUCGUGUACUACGUUACUUCAGGGCAUUCCAGCCCAUGGAGAAGACUUCCCGACGUCGAGCCAAAGACGAUCAUCGCGGCUAGAAACAUAAGAAGAUUCUUCACUGGCAACCUGGAUGCUCCUGUCCUCUCCAAGAGCUCCUUCCCGGGCAGAGAGCUUCACUAUCUCCGAGCGCAGAUCGCACGAAUCAGCGCGGACUGUCGCAUCGCUCCUCGGGGGCAUCUGGCAGAUGUGACGGACUACGAGGGAGGAGGUGAGCUGACAGUCGGGCUAUCGGAAGAAGGGACCUUCUUUGGCAUGACCGGGCAUGCCCUCUGUGAGCUGCACAAGUCAAGCUGGGUACAUGCCUCGUUGGAUCUCUUGCCGCAGGGUCGCUGCAAGUACUAUGACUAUGGCUGGACGCCUCCUGAGAGCAAUCCUGAUGCCAAAGAUCCACGAUUGGAGAAGAAUCGCCCUGCACUACAGAGCAUACACCUCGACAAGAUCCCUAAGUACGACUCUCCCGCAUGGACUGCUCAUCUAGCAGGAGGAAAGGCUCCGCAGUAUGCCUGCGCUGUUGUCCGCAGCCUGGCAUGGCCUGGAGCCGUUACGGUCGGAUGGGGAUAUACCUUCGUCAACUUCUACUGUGGCUGGGGUGUUUACGAGACUGGUGCCAUGUUCACACCGCCGGUCGUCGGCAAGGUUCUGCCAGAACCCAGCCUGCCCGAAUACAAACGCAACGAGAAGUGUAAAGGAGUUGCAGGCGAUCUGAACCUGGAGCCACCACCUGUGCCUGAGGAAGGGCAGGCGGCCGCUGAAUAG